ACAGAAUGCCCGUGUGUCGGUGUUUGUGGCGGUGACGGUGUGUCGGUGUUUGUGUCAUUGUUGGGGUUUCGGUGGGUGUAUCGGGGUGUCAGUGACAGUGAGGAGGUGUCGGUGCCAGUGCUGAUAUGCCCAGGGGGUGUACCAGGGUGUUGGUGCUGGUGAAAAAGUGUCAGUGAGGGUGCUGGUGAUGAGGUGUUGGUGGGAUGCAAGUGUCGGGGUAUCAGUGCCAGGGCAUCGGUGCUGGUAUUGGUGCUGGUGCCCRGGUGUCAGCGCCGGUGACAAGGUGUUGGUGACAGUGUCUGUGCUGGUGCUGGGAUGCCAGUGCCAACGCUGGAGUGUCAGUGCCAUGACAGGCUGUUGGUGACAGUGUCGGUGCUGGUGAGGUGCUAUUAGUGCUUGUGACGGGAUGAUUGCGCUGGUGCCAGGGUGUGGGUGCUGCUGAUAGGGUGCGAGUUCCUGUCACGGGGUGUUGGUGAUGGUGACAGUGACACCUGGGGUGGCAAUGCCAGGGUGUCAGCGCCAGUGCUGGUGACAGUGCCAGUGCUGGGGUAACUGAGGCAGCGUCCAUUCCYCAGCAGGACGGCAGCAAUGGCAUCRGAYGAGCGGCUGGCYCGCUUCCGCCAGGCCCACCUCAACCCCUUCAACAAGAGCCCCGAGCAGCCAGAGCGUCCYGACGGAGAAUCCCCUGCCCCAGCCCAGCAGCCGGAUCCUGCUCCGGGGGACCCCGAGGGUGCCCUGGACCUGGGGCUGGCCGAGGAUCACUUCUCCCGGCCCGUGGGGCUGAUCCUGGCGUCGGACGUGCCACAGCUGCGCCGGGCCAUCGAGGAGUGCAAGCGGGUGAUCCUGGCGCUGCCCGAGCACUCGGAGCGGCAGAAGGACGCCGUGGUUCGGCUCAUCCACCUCCGCCUCAAGCUGCAGGAGCUCAAGGACCCUGCUGAGGAUGAGCCCAACAUCCGGGUGGUCCUGGAGCAUCGCUUCUACAAGGAGAAGAGCAAGAGCGUCAAGCAGAUGUGYGACAAGUGCAGCACCAUCAUCUGGGGGCUCAUCCAGACCUGGUACACCUGCACAGGCUGCUACUACCGGUGCCACAGCAAGUGCCUGCCGCUGGUGAGCCGGCCGUGUGUGCGGGCCCAGGUGAGCCACCAAGCCGAGUACCAGCUGAGCAUCUGCCCCGAGAGCGGGCUGGACAGCCAGGACUAUCGCUGUGCCGAGUGCCGAGCCCCCAUCUCCCUCCGGGGGGUGCCCAGCGAGGCCCGACAGUGCGACUACACCGGACUCUACUACUGCUCCAGCUGCCACUGGAACGACCUGGCCGUGGUGCCCGCCCGGGCCAUCCACAACUGGGACUUUGAGCCCCGCAAGGUGUCACGGUGCAGCAUGAGGUACCUGGCGCUGAUGGUGUCACGGCCGGUGCUGAAGCUGCGUGAGAUCAACCCCCUGCUCUUCAACUACGUGGAGGAGCUGGUGGAGAUCCGGAAGCUGCGCCAGGACAUCCUGUUGAUGAAGCCCUACUUCAUCACCUGCAAGGAGGCAAUGGAGGCACGGCUGCUGCUGCAGCUGCAGGACCGGCAGCACUUUGUGGAGAACGAUGAGAUGUACUCGCUGCAGGACCUGAUCGACAUCGAGGCCGGGCGCCUCGGCUGCUCCCUCACCGAGAUCCACACGCUCUUCGCCAAGCACAUCAAGCUGGACUGUGAGCGGUGCCAGGCCAAGGGCUUUGUCUGCGAGCUGUGCCGGGAGGGCGAUGUGCUCUUCCCCUUUGACAGCCACACCUCGGUCUGCGCCGACUGCUCCGCCGUCUUCCACAGGGACUGCUACUAUGACAACUCCACCACCUGCCCCCGGUGCGCCCGGCUGAGCCUGCGGAAACAAUCCCUGUUCCAGGACUCCGGCACGGAGGGAGAGCCCUGAGCGGGGUUUGGCCCUUGGCAGGGUCUCAGGCCCGAGGCUGUCCUCCACCCACCUCAGGGCUCUGGGAUGGAUACAAUCAGCCCCUUGGAGUGGCCCUGCCCCUGGCUCUGGGACCCUCUGCUCAUGGGAGUGGCAGCACUGUCAGAGGGACAAUCACAGCUGGACCCCGGCCAUUCCCGGGAGCACGGAGAGCCCUGCUGGAGGGGCCGGGAUCUGGUUAAUGGGGAUCCGGUUGAGGCCCCACAUGGGGCUACAUGGGACUGUCCCCUACAUGGGACUGGGGUGCGGGCCGGGCUGGUGCUGCGCUGUCCCGGGGUGACGGGUGCUGUCCGGAGGGCUCAGUCCCGGCACCGGGAUGGGACCGAGCCCUCUUCCAUACACAAUACCGGAAUCCGGUCCCUCCCCAGCCCAGGCACCGCUGUUACCGGGGCCGAGCCCCGGAGAGGUGUUGCGGGGGGCUUCCCCGGGCUGGACCGGGUGUGGUGUGGAGCCGCUGCCUCCCCUUCUCCCUGGUGUUUCCUGUAGCAUUAACGAGCCUCUUUGCGCAACC